UGUGCCCGCCACUGGCUCUCUUUGCCUCAGCCCACCACAUACACACUCACAGCAAUCAUCACUCACACACACACACACACAUGCACACACAUGCACACUUGCACCGGCAAACAUAUGGAGUACUACUGCUUCCUCCUGCUCUGGAUCUGCAGCCAGCAGUUAGGCUUCCAUGACUGCUUCAAUAUCGACACAAAGAACGCCAGGAUCAUCAAAGGCCCUAAACAAGCCCAGUUUGGAUACACUGUUCAGCAACACGUGGCUGCUGGAGGAGAAAAGUGGUUAUUAGUGGGCGCUCCGUAUGAAAUGAACGGCCCGUACCAGACAGGGGAUGUUUAUAAAUGUUCACUGAGCAGACGAACCAAUGGCAACGGUUGCUCCAAGCUCAACUUAGGAAGGAUAUCUCUGACCAAUGUAUCCGAGCGAAAGGACAAGAUGAGGCUGGGGAUGACGCUCGUAUCGAACCCUAAAGACAACAGCUUUGUGGCCUGCGGGCCGCUCUGGUCCUACGAGUGUGGCAGCUCUUACUACAGCACUGGAAUAUGCUCCAGAGUCAAUGCGAGCUUCAAGUUCUCCAGAACCAUCGCGCCUGCCUUUCAGAGAUGUGAGACCUAUAUGGACAUAGUGAUCGUUCUGGAUGGCUCAAACUCCAUCUACCCCUGGUAUGAAGUGCAGGCUUUUCUCAUCAACAUUCUUCAGAAGUUCUAUAUUGGACCAGGUCAAAUACAGGUUGGAGUUGUUCAGUAUGGUGAGAAGGUGGUCCAUGAAUUCAAACUCAGCGACUACAAAUCUGUCGAGGAAGUGGUGAAGAGAGCGCGCAGCAUCGACCAGCGAGGUGGAGAGGAGACCAACACAGCUCUGGGCAUCAACGUAGCACGCUCACAAGCUUUCAAACAAGGAGGUCGGCGCGGUGCCAAGAAGGUGAUGAUAGUGAUAACUGACGGAGAGUCGCAUGACAGCCCGGAUCUCCAGCAAGCCAUCGAGGACAGUGAGAAGGAUGGCAUCACCCGCUAUGCCAUCGCUGUCCUCGGCUACUACAACCGUCGUGGAAUCAACCCUGAGGCCUUCCUCAACGAGAUCAAGUACAUCGCCAGCGACCCCGACGACAAACACUUCUUCAAUGUGACAGAUGAGUCGGCGCUGAAGGAUAUUGUGGACGCACUUGGAGAACGCAUCUUCAGUUUGGAAGGAACCAGUAAGAACGGGACAGCGUUUGGCCUCCAGAUGUCUCAGGCUGGAUUUUCCGCCCACAACGUCGAGGAUGGGAUUCUGGUUGGUGCAGUCGGGGCUUACGACUGGAACGGAGCCGUGCUGAAGGAAACCCGACAGGGGAAGGUGGUCCCACCCAAGAGUUCCUACACAGAGGAGUUCCCUGAAGAGCUCAAAAACCACGGGGCCUACUUGGGUUAUACUGUGACGUCCGUGGUGUCGGCCAGAAACGGCCGUCUACUCGUAGCGGGAGCUCCACGAUUUAACCACACGGGCAAAGUCAUCAUCUUCACUCUGAAGAACUCGGGCAACCUCACCAUUCUGAACUCCCUCAAAGGCCAGCAGAUCGGCUCCUACUACGGCAGUGAGAUUGCACCUCUGGAUAUCGAUGGAGACGGUGUAACUGACAACCUUCUGGUGGCGGCGCCCAUGUUCUUCAGCGGAGGCUUGGAGAAGGGAAAGGUCUACAUCUACAGAGUGACAGAGCUGAAUCGUUUCAUCCUUGAGGGAGCGUUGGAAAUCCAUAAUGGCGGCCAGAACGCUCGCUUUGGCUCAUCGCUCGCUCCUGUCCCUGAUCUGAACGGUGAUGGAUUCAAUGACCUGGUGGUGGGAGCCCCGCUGGAAGACGACCACAAAGGAGCCAUUUACGUUUUCUUCAGCCAGCACAACAGAAUAAUACGCAAAUAUAAACAGAGGAUAGCAGCAGUAGAUUUGGCUCCCGGCCUGCUCUACUUUGGCCGCAGUAUUCAUGGAACGAUGGACAUGAACAAUGAUGGGUUAGUGGACCUGGCAGUAGGUUCCCUCGGCGCUGCUGUUCUCCUUUGGUCACAGAGUGUCAUCCGGAUCUAUACCACCAUCAGGUUUGAGCCCAGUAAGGUCAACAUCUUCGUGAAGGACUGUCAGCGAGGUGGCAAAGACGUGACCUGCAUGUCAGCCAUUGUAUGUUUCAACAUCACCGCCAGGACAGCCAUUCCUCCCACACAGGAAAUUGGGAUCAAAUAUAAUGUCUCCAUUGCGGAGAGACGUUUCAAUCCUCGGGCCAUACUGGACAACCCCAACAAGCUGCAGCCUCAGAACCUGACCGUGUUUCCUGGAGAGGAGACCUGCGAACACAUCUACUUCCACGUCAUGGAGACCACAGACUACGCACGACCCAUAGUGUUUUCUGCACAAGUGGGGCUACAAGAUCCGGCCCAAGCACCAGUACUAGAUGACAGCUGGCCCACUGUUGUGAGGACUGAGCUGCCCUUCUGGAACGGCUGUGACGAGGACGACCGCUGCAUGCCUGACCUGGCUCUGCAGAGUAUGACCGACCUGAUGAGUCAAAAUCAGUUCUGUGCGCAGCCUGUACAGUCCCGCGGUGCUUUCUGCCGCCAUCUGAGUGAAGGAGGGGCCGAGGGAUCUCUGCGGGUUCUGGAGGCAAACCGGAGGAGGAUGGUGGUGGACGUCCGAUUGGAGAACAAAGGAGAGAACGCCUACCAUGCUCGCCUAAAUAUCACCUACACACCCAAUCUACGCUUCUCUAGCCUCAUAGUCAAGGACAACUCUGACAUCAAAAUCGAGUGUUUCGUUGAAGACAAACUGAGGAAUGAGAAGCUCUGCAACGUCAGCGCUCCGUUCAUGAGGGCCAAAACUCAGGUAUCAUUUCGUCUUGAGUUUGAGUUCAGUCGUACCGUCUUCCUCCAUCACGUCAGGGUUAUCCUGGAAGCCAGAAGCGAUGGCGAGGAAACGAGCACAGCUGACAAUUUCAAUGAUAUCUAUUAUUCGCUGAAAUACGAGGCAGACCUUCUCUUCACCAGGGAUUCAAAUCCGACUCGAUAUGACAUCAAAUCAGAGCUGUCACUGGAGGAGCCCGGCGUCAUCGGUCCUCCUUUCAACUUCACUUUCCAGAUCCAGAACCUCGGCUACUUUCCAGUAAAGGACCUGCAGCUGAACAUCGAGAUCCCAGAAAUGACCAAAAAUGGGAACCAACUCCUGCAGAUAUCUGACUUCUAUAUUGACCAGAGAGACGGUACGCGUUGUUUACCACCUCAGCACGUGGCACAGAGCAGGGCGUCACCUGAGGACCUGUCACGCUUCUCCCGCUUGAACCGAUCCAACACUCUGACUCUGCCCAUCCAAUGCACCGCCAACGUGGCCUCCUACAGAGAAAUCGCAGUCCGAAUCACAGGAGCGCUACGAAUAGAUACCUUACACGCACUGAAGUUUAAAAUCCUGGAACUGGGAACCAGUGCAUCAGUGGAGCUCCCCUCCUCCAGCCCCAUGUUUCUACAUGAAGAGAGGCCUGUCAGACAUAUAAUAUUGGAGAUCAGGAAGGAGGGAGAUUACAGGAUCUCUAACUGGAUUAUCAUUGGUAGCACGCUGGGAGGACUCUUAUUGUUAGCCCUGCUCAGCCUUGCUCUAUGGAAGCUCGGCUUCUUCCGGAGGCAGAAGCCCAGAGACGAGGACGAGCAGGAGGCGAACGGGAAAGUUGCCGAGGAGCGGUAACGCAGGCUAAGGGCCCCCAGCAGACGCCUUUUCCACAGGGGACCCGACACUCAGGGACCAACCCACCUCCCCCUGCUCCCCAACAACACGGUGGCGCCGCAUAGACAGCUCCGCAUGACCGCUGAAGCAAGGCUUGUUCAGUGCACUGGAUCUGUUCCACGCCACGACCCCUGACCCCCAAGAGUCAGCACUGUCACACUCACUUAGCAUUCCUGCACUGUUGCGACAUUAGGGCCUCCUUUAUAUUCACUGCCCUCUGUGUCGAAUCUUCACAGAUCUUUGAGCUCUUGUUUUCUGGGCUUCAGGCUGGAGCUUUGGGGCUUUUUCCGGCCGUUUGAAAAGAAGAAUAGAGCGAGCUUUUGAUCGAUCUGUCCCUAGAAUUUCAGGCCACAAUUUGCCCUCGAGGCAAGCGUUAGCCAAUCCCUCUUUUGUCUCCUCCUGAUGUCUAUUUAUUUAACUCUUAUGGUCAAUUUUGAAAUACAUGAAAAACCUCAAGGGUGACUUGCCACCCUAAAAGCUACCGCAAAUGUAAAGUUACUAUACUGUAUAUUGAAUUCGAUGUUUAAAAGAUUUUAUCUGCAACAUGUUCAGCUCACGUGCAUAAUAAUUUAUGAAGAAAUUAAACUGAACUAAAGUCGCCAGAGUACAAAGAAGAUUCACGAUGUUUAACUUACAGAGACGAUCUUUUUCUACAGAGAAGAAUCUUCUAAACCUGCAUCCGCUCUCCUUUUCUUUUAAUAUUUCCAUCCUGGAAAACAUUAAACAUUUGAUGCACUUUUACUUUGUACAAAAUUAACUUGAAUUUUGUAAAUAGUCAAGUACCUUUUUAUACCCUUUCAAAUAUUAUAAUGGUUUUCAGUAUUUUUGGUUUAUGGCAUUACUUUGUAACUUAAGGCUUUGUGUUACUGAACCUGUUACGAGACGUUGCAUGCCUUUUAACAUGCACUGCAUCAGAGCAAUGAGGAUGUACUGCAGGCAACAUGGAUCUCAACAUCUCAUGAAGAACUGUAACUGAAUGGUAAAUCAGAUAAGAUGAGUCCAGUAAAUGCACAUUGCUUUCAGUAUGUCAGCACCAUCCUGGUGUUACCAACGAAUGUCAGUUUGUCCUGUUUGAUGAGGUGUGAAGAGCUGUAAUAUGCCUACAAAUAAAACAUUGUAUAUGUC